AGAUGUCUUGUUCCUCGCCGGCCGGCCGCUGUGCUGGAAACCGAAACCGGUCAUUUUCCGGCGUUGCCUGCCGCCGUCACCGGCGACGAGUGGUGGCAGCGAGUGAGAGACAGCGGGCAGCUGUUGCGUGUCGUCCCGAAGGCCUUACGACCUGCUAGUUUCUGACGGCCACGAGAGCGCGAGCUCCUGCGUUUGGUUUUGUUCUUGAGCAAGCGGCCAGUUGGUGGCUGAUGGCGCCGAGCCCAGCCGCCGGGCUGUCCCUGACCCGGUCGUCUAGCGGCCACCUGUCGCCCGCCGCCGCCGGCAGCGUCCUCCAGCCCGUCUCCGGCUCGCACGUCUCGCAGCAGCGGCGGAGGCGGCGCUUCGCGGCGGGCGUCGUCCGAGCGGCGCCGGACGCGCCGCCGGCGGUCAGGGCGGCCGUCAGCGCCGUCACCGAGCUCCUCAGAGUGUUAUCCCCAAGCAAGAAGCCCAGGGAUGCCGCCCAGGAGGACAAGGCGCUGGAUCCGCCGCCUUGCGACAGCGUCGAGGAUGUGCUCGCCGUGCUCCAAGACGAUUACCGGCGCGCCUACUUCCUCACCGGGGAUUUCACUCCGGGAAUAUACACUGAAGAUUGCUUGUUUGAGGAUCCGACGAUAAAGUUCCGUGGACUGUCUAGGUACUCUCAGAAUCUGGACCUGCUGGUGCCGUUCUUCGACAGCCCUUCACUUGAGCUCGAAAACAUUGAAAAGGGUUUGAGGGUUGAAACAAGGUUCGUCAAAGCGACAUGGAAACUAAGGACAUAUUUGAGGCUUCCAUGGAGGCCCUUGAUUGCGAUCCGAGGGAACACAACCUAUGAUCUUAACGAAGAUUACAAGGUGGUUCGGCACUCUGAGAGCUGGGACGUCUCUGCGCUCGAGGCCAUCGGUCAGAUAUUUGUGUCUGCUCCGGAGCAGCGGAAAGACAGCUGAGGUUGAAGUGGAAUGUGCAGUGUGCAACACCACACAUGAUCAGAAAUACUCCUAUGUAGCGUCAGAGACAGCCAUGUUCAAAGCUGUCUGCCAGACCUCCAUUUCAGAAAGCAGCAAGCAAUGUUGAAACUGAAACCAUCGUUUUCUGGCGUCAGAGAGCAAAGAUAGUGUAUCAAGGGAGUUGAUAAGAAACAAAUGGCGCCAUUUGACUUCUAAUUGUACCCAUUUAAUGGAACUUUUAAUUGUGGUGAUUCAAGGGCGGAACAAAGUCAGGGCGAGCGAAAAAGUAGAGUGCAGUAGCUAAGAUGAAUGUGUCACACUGAUUGGACUUUGAAGACUUGUACUUUUGCAAGUUGCAUGAAACAGUUCUAUUUUAUAAAAAAAAUAACUAAAGAUCA